AUGAAGUUAUUAAGUGGUUCACCAUUAACAGAUAAAUCACAAACAAUUCUUGUGUCACUUGAAUGGACUGAACGGUUAGAUAAACGACCAACAGAUCGAACAAGUGAUGAUCUUGAUAUUAUAUUUUCGAAAUUAAAAGAUGUUAAAGCAUUUGAAAAAUUUCAUCCAUUACUUAUUCAACAACUUUGUUAUUAUAGUUAUUUUGAAAAUUUAGAAAAAGGUGUUACACGAGAUCUUGGUACUAAUUGGUUUGCUAUUCUUAGUGGAAAUGUUGAUGUUUGUGUUCCAUCUGAAAAUGGAAAAGGUCAUACACUUAUUUGUAGUCUUGGAGCAGGUGCUGCUUUUGGUGAAUCAAUUUUAUAUGAUACACCUCGUAAUGCUACUAUAAUAACAUCAUCAUCAGUUAUGCUUUUAAGAGUUGAACAAAAAGAUUUUAAAAUUUUAUGGGAGCGUAAUAAACAAUAUUUACAUGGAGUCAUAACUAGUCUUAGUCAAUUAACGAAUACAUUAGAUCCAAAACGACGUGCAUCGGAAUUUGAUCCAUCACUUAUACCACAAGUAGCAAAUACAAAAUUUCUAAAAGAUGAUCCAACUCGAAAUCCUGCACUACCAAUAGUACCUAAUACAUCGAUACGAAUUCAACAUGCAGCUUAUGUAUUACGAACAUGUAUACUUAGUAAAGCACCACAAAUGAUUCGUGAUCGUAAAUAUCAUUUAAAAAUACAUCGAAGUUGUUUAGUUGGUUCGGAAAUGGUCGAUUGGCUUAUUCAUCAAAGUCCCAUUGUUCAUUCACGUAGUCAAGCUGUAGAUAUGUGGCAAGCUUUACUUGAAGAAGGAGCUAUUGCACAUGUUUCACAAGAACAUUAUUUUAAAGAUAAAUAUUUAUUUUAUCGUUUUUCUGGAGAUGAAGAUGAAACAUUAAUAAGACCAGGCAAUGUUGAACAAAAUGAAUGUGAACAACAAUUAGCUGAUGUUAUUUUAACAUUAGCUCAAGUCGGACCGGAUGCUAUGCUUAGAAUGAUUUUGAGAAAACCACGUCAUGAACGAACAAUAGAUGAUUUAGAAAUAAUUUAUGAUGAAUUAUUACAUGUUAAAGCAUUAUCACAUUUAUCAUCUUUGGUUAAACGUGAAUUAUCAGGUGUACUUAUUUUUGAAGCACAUCCAUUUAAAGGCAAAGUUUUAUUUACACAAGGUGAUGAAGGAAAAUCUUGGUAUAUUAUAUUAAAAGGUUCAGUUCAAUGUAUUGUUUAUGGUAAAGGUAUUGUGGAAACAUUUCAUGAAGGUGAUGAUUUUGGAAAAUUAAGUUUAGUUAAUAAUUCACCAAGAAUAGCAACAAUUAUUCUAAAUGAAGAUAAUACACAUUUUCUUCGUGUUGAUAAAGAUGAUUUUAAUCGUAUACUUCGAGAUGUUGAAGCAAAUACAAUUAAAUUAAGAGAAUUUGGAAAAGAUGUACUUAUACUUGAAAAAGUUCCGAUUAAUGUUAAAACAGCUGAUUCGACGACAUAUCAAGUUUGUUACAAGUAUGUUUAUUAA